AUGACACACUAUGUGCUGCUCCUCUGUUCCUUCAAGGAACAGCUCCAGCAGCAUGUGCGCGUCCACGCCAUGGAGGCGGUGAUGGCCUGCUGGGAGCUCGAGCAAACUCUGCAGAGUCUUACAGGGGCAUCUCCUGGUGAAGGCACCGGGGCAACUAUGUCCGAUGACGAAGACAAUCCGGUCGACAGUGAGAGCAACAUGUUUGACGGGAAUGAUGUGUCAGAUGGCAUGGGCUUCGGAAUGCUAACCGAGGGUGAGAGAUCCUUGGUCGAGCGCGUGAGGCAAGAGCUGAAGCAUGAGCUUAAACAGGGGUAUAGAGAAAAGCUUGUGGACAUCAGGGAGGAGAUACUGCGGAAGCGAAGAGCCGGAAAGCUCCCAGGGGACACGGCGUCUACCCUGAAAGCUUGGUGGCAAGCCCACGCCAAAUGGCCGUACCCUACUGAGGAGGACAAGGCGCGGCUGGUGCAGGAGAUGGGGCUGCAGCUGACGCAGAUCAACAACUGGUUCAUCAACCAGCGCAAGCAGAACUGGCACAGCAACCCUACCUCGUCCUCGUCAGACAAGAGCAAGAGAAAAAGGAACAAUGCAGGUGAGGGCAACGCCGAGCAGUCCUGGUAG